AACACUAGAUAUCAAAUUGAAUAUUAGCACUGCUGCUGCAGAUAUGAUUUUACUCGAAAUCAGUGAUUCUAUAGAGAGGAUCAUUGUUAGCACGGAUAACUCGGAAUGCCUAGUCUAUUUUACGGGGUGCUGGUAUAAGUUCCUCCUAUGGUGCAUUACAGAAAAGUGUCAUUUUCAAGGGGAAAUAAAAACUGAAACGUCAUGUAAGCAGGAACGUACUGAACCUCAUCUAGGCAUUUGAGAUUUCUAGGCAAGCCAACGAUUGACUUUAGUUACUUUUAGUUUUGUUUCAAAUACAUCACAAGUCAAGAAAAAAAAAGGUAGGAAAGUUUUUCCAGACCAAUAAAAUGCAGAAUUCAACAAAUAUUACAAACGAAGAAGAGUAUAAGGAUUUUUACGAGACUUCGCAAUUAAUCUGUGGAAUGAUACUCUAUCCUGUGAUAUGUAUACCUGGGCUUGUCGGAAAUGCACUGUCUCUAAUUGUGCUGUCCAUGAAAAACAUGAAGACGUCUACAAAUGCUUUCCUAGCCGCCCUGGCCAUUUCAGAUUCUAUUAAACUUAUCAACGACCUGAUCUACUUCAUAGUUUUAGUUUUGAAAAGGACAAACCCAGCAGCCGGCAGAAUCGCAUAUGUCAAUAUUUAUCCAUUUGCUCAUUUUAUUUUUAAUAUUUCUACUUGCGUCUCCUCUUGGUUGACAGUCUCCGUUGCAACUGAAAGAUUUAUACUCGUCUGUUAUCCAAUAAAAGCAAAAACUUUGUGCACGCGAUUACGGGCCAUUGUUAUUAGCUGUGUUAUCUAUUUGGUGAUGGUUUCUAUAUCCUUUCCCUGUGCAUUUCGAUAUGAAAAAACUGUCAAUAUUAUAAACAAUGAUACAGAGUUAGAUUUAAAUGUUACGGAAUUAUGGAGAAACGAAGAUUUCAAGACGUAUUACACAUGGUCACUGAACUUUCUAAGAAGUAACAUUGUUUUGAUCAUUCUCAUUAUACUCAAUGCUUGUAUUAUUUUUUCCCUUCGGAAAGUGCGAGCUAAUAAGAAAAACACCCAAAGGAACAGGAUUACAUUAAUGAUGAUCGUGAUCAUUAUGGUGUUUGUAAUUUGUAUUCUUCCGGACGCCAUUAUGUCCGUGGUUGGUUUAGGUUACCAUGAGGGAACCUAUCUGGAAAAGGGAAUUCGUGAGUUUUCAGACACUCUUCUGACGAUAAAUGCUGCGGUCAACUUUCUUAUAUACUGUGUGUUCAGCAGAACUUUCCGUCAAAAUUUUAUGAUUCUUUUGCCUCACUGUCCUUUUAAGAAUCAAGAUAAUCGUAAACAAGCCUCUUACAAGAUAGUGGCCGCUAAAGAAACUACUGCCCAAGACGCUCAAUCGGUGUGAGAAAUCAAUGUUGAUUUUACUGGAAGAAAUAUUUCUGCCUUACGUGGACUCAUAGUCAAACACUAAUUAGUGUUCUUGAUUUGAAUUGGUGCUCAUUGUGGCAUUAUGCAAGGAGGAAACUAAGACAAAGUAUAUUGAACUCCCUUCAUCUGAUAGUGUAGUUCAAGCGUUCAAGCAUGUAUCUUUUAUUAAAGAUUUUAUCAGUUA